GAUGGAGGUCUCGAGGCGGGUAUUAGGAAUUGUCCAAGUGUCGCGCUGAAGCUGUAUUAGUAACUUGUGCUUUCCACAAAGAGUAUAGUUACUUCCAUACUCUUUGCUUUCCAUCCAAGUGCGGUUAAGAUGCGAGGCAUUCAUGUGAUAACAUGAAAAAGGCAAUAUCAGUACAAGACCGUCAAAGAAACUACACGCGGUUACGGAUGAAAUCUUAAGCAGAUGCCUUGUAACAGGUGUCCUCUGUCUGCGCUUCUGGAAUGUUCCAGGUUGGAAUAGUGUUUGGUCUUUAACACUGUUUACUCCCGGGUUUUGAGGAGUGGCUGGUGUGGGAGGUAUUCACGCGGAGCAGCUCUGCCUUUUCUCCAAUGACUGUCAGAGGAGCGAGCGUGCGUGCGUGAGGCUGACGACAGUGAAAACACUCAGCAAGCCUGUGCGGAGUGUGUGUAGAUCAUCGAGUGACGGACAUGGAGGCACCUCAGCUGUCUUUACUUCAGCAGCUCAGAGAGAUGUCUCUGUCUCAUCGGGAGACCCAAGCCAAAAUGGAGGAGAGGGAGGCUCAGCUCCAGGAGUUGCAGGACACUAUCACAGAGUUGCACCAGGACAUCUCGCAGAAGGACCAUGACAAGCUGUGGCAGCUACAGCAGCUUCACCACCUUGAGAGCCGGGUGAAGGAACUCACUGAGGAGGUCCAAAAUUCAGAGGAGACAAUAGCCCAGCUCAAGCAGGAGAUGUCUGUGAGAACGCCAAGCAGCCUGACUCGGGAAGUGUCCACUGAUGCCUCUGGACCAAGUGGAACAGAGCUGCUGAAAGCUGAGUUGUCAUCUCGGGACGCCACCAUCGAGAGGCUUCGGCGGGAUCUGCUGCUGUCUCACCAGGCCCGCGACACCCAGUGCGCUCAGCUGGACGUCCAGGAGCAGAGGGUCUGCGAGCUGCUGCGCGAGCUGCAGGAGCGCCAGCUGGAGCUGCAGCGGGGACACGGCCGCCUCCAGCAGCUGCACAGGGAGCGCGCCGCACAGGAGAGCCAGGCCGAGCAGCUCCGCGCUCAGCUCUCCGAGGUCAGAGGGCGUCUCUCACUGGUGGAGGUCGAGAAUGAGGCUCUCCUGGGAUUCAAACGGGAGCAAGGGGCCGAGGUGGAGAGGCUCAGUGCAGAGCUUAGCUCCAUGCGAGCAGCUCAGGAGUUGGAGCGUGCCGAGACCGCUGAAGCCCAGAGGAGGUGUGGAGAGCUGCAGGCCAAGCUAGACCUCACCUGCACGCAGCUCCAAGAGAGCCAACGCACCACUCAGGAGGCUGCCAGGAAGGCGCAGGAGGACAGCCAGGAGCUGCAGUGGGAGCUGAAGAGCCUCAAGUCUCAGCUGGACUCUGUCAAUCAGCAGCUGCAGGACAAGUCUUCAGAGCUGCGGAGCGUCCAGAAGACAUGGGAGGAACUGCGGAACAGAGAGCACGAGUGGGAGAGCGAGAGGGACGCCCUGCAAGCCCGACUCCACCAGACCCGAGAGGAGCUCCACAGCGCCACUCGCAGGCAGCAGCAAGAGAAAGACACCCAGAUUGAGGAGCUUCAGCGCCAAGUCGACCGGACACUGGCACAACUGGAGCAGGAGAGGGAGGACUGGACUACGGAGGAGGUGAGAAGGUCACGAGAGGAGCAACUUCAGCUGGUGGAAAAGGUGAGGCAAGGUGAACGUCGUGUGGAGGAGCUGCAGGUAACCUUGGAGCAGGCAGAGCAGGAGCAGCACACCUGGCGUCAGCAGCAGGAGCGCGAGCUGCGGGAGUGGAGGGAGGGCUUUAGGACCGCCUCGGAGGCGCUGCGGCUGAGGGAGGUUGAUGUGGAGGAGGCCAGACGCGACCGAGACGCAUCCCUCAAGAGCCUCCGUCUGCUGGAGGAGCAGAGAUACAGCCUCGGCCUACACACACACAGCCUGCAGGAUAGCCUGCAGCAGCUGCAGACACAGCUUGCUCUGCGGGAGGAAAAGAUGGUUGCUGCGGUCCAGGAGGCCAGCGUCCUCCGAGAGAAACUGGAGAGCCAAGAGGAGAAGGUCACAGCUGUACUCCAGCAGCUGCAGGCCUCCCAGGAUGCAUUGCAGAGUCUGGGCACAGAGCUGAAGUCCUGCAGGAAGGAACUAAAGGACCAGGAGGCCCAGCGUGCAGAGCAGGAGAGCAGAUCCACCCAGCUCAAGGCUGACCUGCUCCAGCUGCAACAGCAGUACUCCUCCUGCUAUUCUCAGCUGGUGCAGGAGGAGAGGCAGGUGUCUCGUCUGAAGUUGGAGCUCCAGGCUGCGGAGGAGCAAAGGGUCAGGCUGUCGGCCCAGGAGUCUGACCUGAGUUCUGAGAACCAGCGUCUGCAGGGCGAGCUCAGCCUGCUCAGCCACAGGCACAGCAGCGCACAGCAGGAGGUUGCUGGUAGGGAUGACGCCGUGCUGAGACUGACUGCUGAACGGACCGCAGCACAGGAGCGCCUCAAGUCCACUCAGCAGGAGCUGUUGCAGCGGGUGGAGGAGGUGCAGAGUGUGAGGGAGGAGCUGAGGAGGGCCCAGGAGGAGCGGAGCCAGAGGGAAGAGGUGCUGCAGAGUCAGCAACUCAAAGUCCAGCAACUGCAGCAGGAGAGAGAAGACCUACUCACAGAGGGUGCGAGCCAGCAGGAGGCGCUGUGUGAGCUGCGUCAGCGGCAGGCAGAGGCGCAGGCCCAGCGGGAGCGGGAGCAGCAGGAGGCCCACAUGCGCCUGCAGCAGCAGCGCGCCGCCACCGAGCGACUCCGGGAGGACCUGGAGACAGCGCAGGGACAGCUCCGGGACGCCGAGGAACAGAGCGCGCAGAGGGAGGCCCAACUGCGCUCCCAUGAUGCCGAGCUGGCGCGGCUGAGGGCAGGCCUGCUGGAGGCCCAGAGCGCUGCGACCGAGGCGGAGGUCAGACUGCAGCCGCUCUCCCACUCCCUGGAGCUCCACCAGCACAAGUACCAGGCCUGUCUGGGCAAGAUCGCCCAGCUGGAGAGCAGCCUGCAGGCCAGGGAAGAGGACCUGAAGGAGGCCAGGGCACAGAUCGGUGAGCGUGACGAGGAGGUGCUGCGUCUGCGUGCCCAGGCGGUGGCACUGCAGGGCGACCUGAAGGCCCAGAGCACCCAGUUGGAGAGCGGCGACGACGCACUGAGCGCGCUCAGCCAGAGCCUGCACCACACUCAGCAGCAGCUGCAGCACAGCCGGCAGCACGCGCACGAGUGCGAAAUGGUCAUCGGCACGCUCCGACACAGCGUCGCAGACCUGCGCAGACAGGCUGAAGAGCAAGAGGAGGCUGUGGUAAAAGUCCAGGCUGAUCUGUCGGUGUACAGAGCUACUCACACCCACCCCGACACGGACUACGACCAUCAGCUGAGCCGUGUACAGGAUCUGGAGCAGGCCCUCGCUCAGGCGAUAGAGAAGUGUGGCCAAGCGUCUCAGGAGCUGAGUGUGUACCAGGUGGAGAGGCAGCAGCUGAGGGACGAGGGCCAUAGACUGGCCCAGCUCAGAGACAACAGCACCGCAGAGGUGCUUCGUCUGCAGAAGCAGAUUGGCCAACUGCGAGAGGAGGUGCAGAGUGGUGAGCGUAGAAGGCAGGAGGAGGUGAGUGCGCUCCAGCAGAGAGCGGUCAGACUAGAGGAGCAGCUUCAGGCUGCACAGAAGGAGUGCACUCAGAAAGACCAGGCGGUGAAGAGGCGCGAGGCCCUGCUGCGGCAGUCGGAGGCCGACCUGCGUGAGGCGGGCGAGCGUCUGCGGGGGAAGGCCCAGGAAGCGGAGCGGCAUGCGGCCGGGGCCCAGGGCCUGGAGGCCAAGCUGCAGAGGGCGCGCCGCGACAGGAGGCAGCGGGAGAGCGAGUGCACCACGCUCAGGGCCGAGCUGCUGCAGCUCCGAGACGAGCUCAAGGAGAGCCACACCGGAACCAGAGACAUCGCCCAGGAGCUGGCGCGUGAGCAGGAGAAGGCUGUGCUACUGGAGGGUGGUCAGCAGCGUGCCCAGGAGCAGCUGGCGGAGCGGGUGGCCGAGCUGGUGCGGGCCGAGCAGGUCCAGCGCAGGCAGCAGGCCGAGCUGAGGAGACUCCAGGAGCGGCUGGACAACACUGAGGCCGAGCUCCUCUCCACCAGGAGCCAGGUGGAGCGUCUGGAGGGGGAGGUGGCGGAGGGUAGGCAGGCCCUGCUGGAUGCGCAGCAGGAGGGGGUGAAGCAGCGCGAGGAGGCCCUCAGGCUGGAGGUGGAGCUGGGCCGCAGCACAGAGGCACAGGACAGCCUGCAGCUCCAGCUGAAGGAGCAGGCGGAUGCGUGCCGUGCCCUGCGGGCUGAGCUGGCCCAGGAGCAGGAGCAGCAGCAGGAGCAGCUGAGCUGGGCACGGGGCAGCCGCAACAGAGAGGCCGCUCUGGAGGCCGACAGGGACCAGCUGAGGACCAGACUCCAGUCUGCCAAGAGCCUGCUGAAGGAGCAGGAGCAGCUGAUUGGCCGACUGAAGAAGGAGCAGGGUGUGUGCCAGACGCAGCUACACAAGCUCCAAAAGGAGCUGGAGAGCAAGGAGACAGACGCCAAGCACAGAGCGGAAGAGGUGUCCUUGUUGCAGGCCUCAGUGAGCCAGCUGAGGCAGGAGCUGGAGCAAUUGCGGGCCAGCGGGCGUCAGGAGGUGGAGGAGGCGUCCGCCACCCAGAGGAGACUCCAGGAGCUGCAGCUACAGCUGACCUCUGCACAGGGCUCCCACAGAGAGAGCAUGUCACUGCUGGCCGAGCGCAGUCGUGAGCUGGCGUCGGUGCGUGGUGAGCUGUGUCGGCUGCAGCAGCGUGUCUCCCAGCAGGCGGAGCAGCGCUCGGUGCGGGAGGAGCGGCAGAGACAGCAGGCCACCGAGCUACAGCGGAGACGCAGCGAGAGCCAGCUCAGCCAGGAGCAGGUGCGUAUGUAUGAGGGGCGUGUGGCGGAGCUGAAUGCCCAGCUCUUGCGGGCGCAGCAGUGGGGGCAGCAGCAGCUGGCAGCGCUGCAGGAGCGGGAGGAGGAGGUGGUGGCACUGAAGGUGGAGGUGGCCUCCGUCAGGGAGAAGUACCACACCACCCUGGCACAGGUGGAGGCAUUGCGCUCUCAGAUGGAGUCCACUGAGCAGAAGUACUUGACUGCUGUAUGUGAGGUGGAGGCACUGCGCCAGUCUCUGGGGGAUGCCCGCUCCGACAGCACCCGCCUGCACCACCACAGCCAGCUGGUCGUCACCAACAUCAACCAGUGGGUGGACGAGCAGAAGCAAGCCAAUGAGAAAAUGUCCCAAAAGAUCAAAGACCAGAGUAAAACAAUCAUCCAUCUGACAGCAGAGAAAGAUCACCUGCAGGAGACUGUUGAGAGCCUUCAUCAGGAGAUCAGAAGGCUGAAAACAGAAGUGGAUGAGAGGAGGAUGGAGAUGCACAGGCUCAAGGCAAAACACGAGUGUGUGGAUGACCUCUCCAGUGCGUUAGGAGCACAUCCACAUCCACUGCAUACAGCAGACCCUUCACACAGCAGUCAGGUCAGCCGGGAGACACUCUCCCCAGCACUCAGCCACAGCUGCAGGGAGAGACAGAGCCCCAGCCCCAGCCAGGGAUCCCUAGAGCAGGAGCAGGAGCCAGAGGUGCACAGGGACAGCAGGGCACACCAGCGCAGUGGAGAGGAGGUCAUCUCUGCAGGGGCCUCUUGUCCAGACGUGGAGAGGGCUGGCGAGCAGUCGGAGGGAGCAGAGCAGGAAGCAGAAAGCCCUCGCCGUCAACCUGACCUGCAGCUAAUGGCUAACGCCCACCACCCUGUGCCCUCUGUGCCCGGGUACACCUUCGCUAUGGCAGUGGCGUGGCGAAUGGGCCAGAGGGCGUUGGAGAGGAGGCCACUGCUGAGACUGCCCCGUGGGGGUCAGGGGCACCUCUGGAGAGGCAGACUCCCAGGCUGCUUAGGGAAUGGACAUCCACUACUCACCCAGGCAGACUAGCCAUGAGCCAAUAUGAAUUAACUGUGAGAAUAAACGUCCUAUAAAUGAUGUGUGUAUACAAGACCGGUUACGCUGUAAACAUCCUAUAAAUGAUGUGUGUAUACAAGAGCAGUUACGCUGUUGUUUUUCGCAUUGAUUUUGGGGAUGUGUACGUAAUUGUGGGACAAAAGUAAUACAUAACACUCUGUCAUCACAGUUUACCUUUGUAGAUUGUGAAGUGUUUGUGUGUCCAUUUGUGUGUGAGAAAGUGUGCAGAUGUUGGUUAAUGUUCUCAUUAGGCAUGGGCCUUCAUUGCAUUUAAAUGAUCAGAUAUGUAUGAGGGUGUUACAGGGAAGUUAUUAAGGUUAUUAAGUUAUAGAAUGCUCAUGUCACAAUAGGGAAAAUAUAUUUAUUGAAUUGGAUCACAACAGUAAUUAUUUUUUAUUCAGAUUUCUUAACAGGGUAUAUUGCCAAUUAUUUUAGGUUAUAAAAAUGUAUGCCUUUUGCAGGAGGGCUUGUGGUCCUUGGAUCGCCUUGUUUUUUUGUAAUCAUUGAUGAUAAUAUACUGUGAGUCUUACAAUAUAAAGCCAUAUUCAUCACUGUAUGUAAAAUGUAUGAAACUGAUUUGGCAGCAUCAGGAUGUAUUCUAUAUUUGGAAAAUUAAAACUUUGAAAAAUGAA